UAAACUUUUAGUCUAACAAACUACAAUGUUGGUGAUAAAACACACUGAAUGAUGAAACUUCUUCUUCUAUGAACUCUAGAAAUGUUUAACUCCAGUCAUUCAAAUGACACUGAUCUGUUUUCAUCCUAAUUCUUUUACUGUCACACAUCCUAGAAUGUGACAGAAUAUGCAUAUGUGGCUUUCAUGGAAGAGAUGCAUCUCUACCAUGAAUGCCACGCCCAUCUGUAGCACCUUUAAACAUGCAGAGCAUCUCAAGGCUUUGUCUCUGUGUGCCUUGAAGCCUUGAAGCUGUCAUCUGCUUGUCUGUGUGGUGAAAUGCAUUUAUAGUGUUUGGAUGUAGAACAUAUUUUCUUGAUACUUUAUUUUAUUUCAAGCUUUCACUGAUGGAUCACAGGCUCAUCCUGUUUGGGCUCUCAGUUUUUCUCCAAACGACUUCAUUGGGCUCUGUAGCUGCUGUUUCUUGUACUGGCUGUGAUUGUUGUGCUUCCGGCACAGAGUGCAUCACCACCAAUGGAGUUGUUCAGUGUCUUGACCCCUGUGUGAACUACACUGUACUGAACGAUGCAUGGCGUUCAACAAAGAAUACAGACAAUUCAGUCUUACACUGUGACCGGAACAUUGUCUGGAGUGGUUGGUAUCGCUUUUAUUUGGAUCAGACCAGCGCUCAGAUGCCAGAGAAAUGUGUAGCAGAACGAAGAUGUGGAACUCAUGCUCCUUUGUGGAUAAAUGGGACUCAUCCAGUCCAGCUUAAUGAAAUAGUAACUCGCAAUGUGUUUGGUGCCUGGUCGGGUUCCUGCUUCUAUUUUGCCUCAAUGACCAUCCAGAUCAAACUUUGUUCUGGAUACUAUGUCUACAAAGUUCAACUGCCGUCUGGAUGUUCGCUGGCAUAUUGUACAGAAAUUCCGCCUUUCAAAGCACUGGCACUAAGUGAGACCAGCAUCACUCUGCAGUGGAGCGCGACCACCACCAGCUUUGUUCUCCAGUAUGACGGCACAGAGACAAACAUCAAUGCCGCAGCUGGAGCUGUAACCUACACAGUCUCGUCUCUGACUGCUGGAACUAAAUACACAUUCACUCUCUACACUGUGAAUGGAAAUGUGAGAGACAGUGGACAGCAACUGACAGCUGUCACAGCUCCUCAAAAUGCAGAAGGAUUUAAAAAAUUAGGACAAGAUGAGACCAGCAUCACCCUGCAGUGGAAUAAAAUCAACAACAGCACCAGCUUUGUUCUCCAGUAUGAUGGCAAAGAGACAAACAUCAAUGUACCAGUUGGAGAUGGACCAGUGAUCCACAUAGUCUCAUCUCUCACUGCUGGAACCAAAUACACAUUCACUCUCUUCUCUGUAUUUGAGAACGUCAAAAGCAGUGGAAACCAACUGGUAGCUGUCACAGCUCCUCAAAAUGCAGGAGGAUUUACAAAGUCAGGACAAAAUGAGAGCAGCAUCACCCUGCAGUGGAAUAAAAUCAACAACAGCACCAGCUUUGUUCUCCAGUUUAAUGGAUCAGAGACAAACAUCAAUGCACCAGUUGGAGAUGGACCAGUAACUCACACGGUGUCAUCUCUCACUGCUGGAACCAAAUAUACAUUCAGGCUCUUCUCUGUGUUUGAGAACGUCAGAAGCAGUGGAAUACAAUUUGAAGCUGUUACUGCUCCUCAAAAUGCAGAAGGAUUUAAAAAAUUAGGACAAGAUGAGACCAGCAUCACCCUGCAGUGGAAUAAAAUCAACAACAGCACCAGCUUUGUUCUCCAGUAUGAUGGCAAAGAGACAAACAUCAAUGCACCAGUUGGAGAUGGACCAGUAAACUACACAGUUUCAUCUCUCACUGCUGGAACUAGAUACACUUUCACUCUCUUCUCUUUAUUUGAGAACGUCAAAAGCAGUGGAAACCAACUGGUAGCUGUCACAGCUCCUCAAAAUGCAGGAGGAUUUACAAAGUCAGGACAAAAUGAGAGCAGCAUCACCCUGCAGUGGAAUAAAAUCAACAACAGCACCAGCUUUGUUCUCCAGUUUAAUGGAUCAGAGACAAACAUCAAUGCACCAGUUGGAGAUGGACCAGUAACUCACACGGUGUCAUCCCUCACUGCUGGAACCAAAUACACAUUCAGUCUCUUCUCUGUGUUUGAGAACGUCAGAAGCAGUGGAAUACAAUUUGAAGCUGUUACUGCUCCCCUAAAUGCAGAAGGAUUUAAAAAAUCAGGACAAUAUAAGAGCAGCAUCACCCUGCAGUGGAAUAAAAUCAACAACAGCACCAGCUUUGUUCUUCAGUGUGAUGGCAAAGAGACAAACUUCAAUGCACCAGAUGGAGAUGGACCAGUAAACUACACAGUUUCAUCUCUGACUCCGAGAACCAUAUACACUUUCACUCUCUUCUCUGUGUUUGAGAACGUCAGAAGCAGUGGAGUACAACUUGUAGCUUUCCUUGAACCAAACUAUAUAAUUAGAAUGAAACUGCAAUUCAAUUCUCAGAGACUUCUAUCAGAUUCAGAGAUGCAAGAUGUUUUAGUAGAGUUCUUCAAAGUCCAUGGUUUAUCACAGUUUUCCCUGAAAGUUCACAUCAUCAAACCAUGAAGAAAUCCAAGGAUGAUAUGGUGGAUCAGUCCAGUUCCUUUAAUUAAUAUUUACUUCUGUCUUUGUUCUCUUUAAUUUAAUAUAUUAUCAGCCGCUUGUAUUUACUUAGAAAAAAAAAAUUAUUAUUGCUUAAUUAAUAUUCUAUCAUGUUUGACUCUUUUGUUUAACUAGUGGUUCAGAUGGGAUUUAUUUUUUCUUUUUUUUCUUUUUGUUUUUUAAAGUUGAAUUUAUUAGAAUGGCUGUAAUAAUCUUUUUAUAUAGAUAUUGUUUUGGGUUUCUGUUGAGUUUAAUGUUGGCCAUAAUCUUUGUUUAUUUGAAUAAAACUAUUAUAGCUAAAAAAGUAUCACUAAAUAUCAAAUCACUUUUUAUGAAAUUCAGCUUAGUAUAUUUAUUAAGUAUUUUUAGGUACGGCAGGGUAAGGUAAUUUUAUUUAUUCUUUUCUGAUAUGAUUUCCUUCACCUAUACAUCCUGGUUAGAUCAGUACUUUUGCUGCACCGUACUUUGAUUCUUCCUCUCACCAUAGUUCACCAGAUUUGCUAAUAAUCUUGCUCUUUGUUGGACUUCCUACUUGAUGGACUCUACCUUUCCAUUGUAUUUAGUUUUGCAAUUACAUUUUGCUUUUGCAUUUUACUUUUUUGCCAACAUGUCAUUUGAUGAUCCUUCAAUCACAAGUCAAAAAAUAAAAAAUAAAGAAAUUAACAGAAAAUACAAAAGCAGAGCCACAAGGAUCACAAGUUACUACAUUAUAUUUCUCAAAUUAUUCGUUAUCCUUUCUUUUUUCUUUUUUUCUUUUUACUCUGUCAGAUUAGAAUUUAAUCAAUAUUAUUUGUUAUCAUUAUUCGUAUUACUUUAUACGAUCUACACUUUAUUGCAGUUUAAUGUGAUUUAUAACCCCAACCAGUCCAGAUCCAAGUUGGCAUCAUCCGCUUGGGUUCAGAUCUACACUAACUAGUUGAAGCCAUAUGUUUUGGACAUAUAAAAUUAUGUAAGGAGGGUUUCCUUCACACUUUGAAUCAGCUUAAUAAACAGAAACAUGUUGAACAGGACACACAUUUUACUAAAUAAAAUACUGCCUGCUGUUCUUUGUUUUUGUCAUGUUAAGCUGUAAGAUUAGUAUCAUAUCAAACUAUACUGAAUUUCUUUCAGACAUACUUUCAUGUUUCAGUCUUCAAAAGACCCAUCAUCUUAUUAUGAAUUAAAGUCACAAUUUUAUUAGGAUGGGAGGAUAAAAUCAUCUUAUUCCGGUCUCAGAAAUAUGUUAAUUGAACAACCAUGUCUAAUCUUGUGAUUAUUUUACUAAAUUGAAAGUAUUUGAUUACCCCUGUAAUUUUUUUUCUCUCUUUCCCUCCUUGUUCAUGUGUUUGUUCAAAUGUGCACCGAUCCUUUAACUGCUCAAAAGAGUAAAACAAAACAUGUGUCUCAAUUCAAAACAUGCAGCUGCCCACAGUUAAAUGCUCUUUCGGUUUACUUCUGAAUUUUGAGAUAGCUCAGUUCUAUGCGUUUGUCGCCCCCUGCUGGGUUCCUUGGGGUAGGUGAGUUGUGGUUGGGUUGUUUUUCCAUUUCUCUUGCUUUAACUAUCCAUUUGCUAAUAUUUGAGAGGAAUAUUUCAAAUAAAACACAAUAAAAAUAUUCACUCUUAUAACUUGGUGACUUUCGAAGUUUUUUGUAGUGAUUUAUAAUCUGAUGGAAUGCUAACUGCACAUAAAUGUUUCAAUCUACCAAAUCAUCUGCAACUGAUUAGUCGUUCCCAGCUCUGCCUGCUACCUAAAAGCUGGAAAUUUGACAUCAAUUAAAAUACCUUAAGAAAAAUUUGAC